GGAGAAACUAAAACGAAAAUAAAAGGUUUGGGUGGUGUAGAACUCGAGGAAUGGCGGGAUCUGUGUUUUUCUCUGGCUGGACAGCGGUUAAAGACCGAAAGUCUCUUUCCGCGGACCAGGAGCCGAAGUCAGGUCGUGAAUACACCAUGUAUCACGGCACAUAUCUGAAAAACGCCAAGAACAUCAUCAAUAAUGGAUUUGUACCCUCUAAAGAUGGACUGCUGGGCGCCGGAGUUUAUAUCAGUCGUAACAUUGAGAAGGCCAAGUGUUACCCGCUCAAGACGGACAAAAACGACAAAGUCGUUUUCAAGUUGAAGGUGCGUAUAGGAAAAGUGAAGAAAAUAGACUGUGACAAUCACCCUCUCCAGAAAACGUGGCACCAGAAGGGGUACGACUGCGCGUGGGUCCCGCCAAACAGCAACAUCACCUGCAUCAAGUCUGGUCGCGAGGAGGACUGUGUGUGGGACCCCAAGCGCAUCACGGUGAUCGACGUGGCGUGUUGUGUGGAUGACCAUAAACGCAAAGAGCUUAGACAACUGAUCCGCAGUCAGCGGAAAACUUCUGGCUGCCAACUUUGCCACCAAGACACCUCUGAUGGGCCCCAUGAUGUUCAGACGUGCUGGGAUAAAAUCUGUCCUUUUCAGAGGAAACAUGUUUGCCCAUAAAGAGUCAUGAAUGCCGAGUUGAAAUGUCAACAUUUAACUUUUUGGACAUCUAGUUGGUUUAGGUACACUGUAAAAAAUUACUGUAAAUUUACAGCCAAAUUCCUACAGCAAUCUACUGUGAUUCUUAAAUACAGUAGUUUGCUGUAAAAAAUGUUGCAUUCUGGGAGAUCAAGAGCAGGCUCACUGUGAAGUGACUAGUUUUACGGUAAAUAGCUGUUCUGUGCAAGGCAUUAGGGGAAAAUGAACAUUUAAAAUCAUGAUAUCAUCUUGGUGAACGCUAUAGUGACAUUUUGAAACGCCAUGAAAAUUUUUGUUUGUGGCACAUGGUUAGUGUUCAUGAUGUUUCUGACCAACUCCUCUGUUUUUAUCAUCUCACAUCAGCCUUCACUUGUCUGUCUAAUGAGAAGUCAAAUAAAAAAAAAAAUCAACCUUAGAAGCAAUGUACAUCUUAAAUGUAAAUUUUUUCCAGGAUUAGACAGUGUAUUUUUUAUGAAAAAACAAAAACAAAACAAACAACAACAAUCUGUACACAGUAAAAUAACAGUAUAGCACUGCAUUGUGGGUUAUAAUGGUGAAAUACCCAUAAGCCUUUGCACUUGAACAAGUAUGUAUGCUUUGGCAAAUGCAUUGGAGCUAAAAAAAAUUAAAACAAAAAAUAAAAAAAAGCAUGUACAAAAUUAUUUAUUCAGACUUAAUAGAAGUCUUAGUUUAAUUAGUGUUGUUGUUUUGUUAUCAGCAGUUGUUUUGAUUGAAGUCACCAUUAUGGUGAUUAGUGAUCUCUUGAGCUGGCACCUUGGACCUUCUUUAUUAUUAUAUUAUGUUCUUCUAGCCAGUCAAUUUAUGCUUAAGUAAAAGACAAGUUGUUGCACUGUGCAACUUGGAAGACAAAACCUAAAGUCAGCCUGAAUGUCUGAUCCUACCUUGCAAAUGGCACUAUAUGUGACAAUAGUGAUGCAUUACACAUAAAAGCAAAAACAAUAAAGGAUAUUUCAGCAAAAUUAUAUCAGCAAAUUGAGUGUUUGAUGUUUUUGAUGAACUUACAGCAUAACUCGAGUUGUUAUCAAGACACACAGAUAUCAACUCUCGGCAUACAAAACGCAACAAUGGUGACAAUUAACAAACUUACUUUUGCAUAAAUAAGUAAGAACUGAACAUUAAAAUCCAAGUAACUUAGACUACAACAAAAACAAUGUCAAAAUAAACCAGUAAAUAGCAAAAAAUCGAAGUAAUUUUUUCAUGUCGCAGUGCAUGCUGGGAACAUAGCUGUUAAUUUCAAUAACAGUAGAUAGUAUGUAAUUUGACAACUAUAUGCUGCUAAUUUACAGUUGUAUACUGUAGCUGUUAAAACAGUAUCUAGCUGUUAAUUUCAGCAACAGCAAGACACUGUUAAUUUUACAGUAACAUGCUGGCAACCCUGCUGCCAGUUCUUUACUGUUUUUUGACAGGAAAAUCUUUAAGAGUGUAGGCUAUGACUGUGACAGACACUGUAUAUGUUGUUCAUUUAUGUAAUAGGAUAAAUGACAUUUAUAAAUGAAUUUCUCAUUUGUGCUGGCUGUAGACUAUAUAUAAGUGUCUGUCAAAUGAAAACAUUUUCUGUCUGUAAGUCAUAAAUAAAUGCUACUUUGGCUUUUUGCACUGUUAUCUGUAAUCCCUGGUUAUGGAAAUACAGUUUUGUACAAUUAUCUCAAUCGCUAUUUUGUGUGACUUAUUGUAAUAUGAUAGACUGUUCACCAGAUUAAACAAAUAAACAGAAGAGAAGUGAAAGGCGAGACAAAAGUUUCAAUCUCUGGUUCCAAAUAUGCUUUUCGAAAAUUCUUCAUCUUCCUCUUCUUUAA